UUGCCUUGAAUUGUUCCAAAAUUAGGUUCAAAAGUGGGUAUUGUAGAAUUUGUAGACAAUAGAAAAUGAAUCGCUUUCUGGCCCGUAUUUUGAAUAAAGAAUUGAACAGUUUGGAUACCACCCGAGUAUGGGUUAAUGUAGAUUGCUUUUGUCGGUGUUGUGGAAAUUGUUGGGGGCGGAGUACAAGCCAUUUUGUCUAUAUAAUUGAACAAAAAAGUUGGAAGGAAAGUUGGUUUAUGUACGGAAAAUGA